AUGAUUAAAAUUUGCAAAUUCACAAGAAAAAAUAUGCAAAUAAGCUUAAUUUGGCCAAGAGACUUUGAAGAACUUAACCCUGGAAAAUGGUACUACAUAAAAAUUGCUGUUUUUUUGCUGACUUAUGGACUUUUUCCUUUUUGCACGUUUUUGCAUUUAAUUGUGACAGUAAAAAACCAUUUAGAUAUUCCAGUUAGCGAGAACAUCGGAGUAGUAGUGUCGAAUAUCGGCAUUUCUUACAUGGCAAUAAUCUACGUGCAACAGCAAAAUAAAAUAGCUCAACUUCUCAAAGAUUUAUCAGAUUUUAAAGAUUUCGGUACCCCACCUUGUUUUGAAAAACAAAACAAAAGAUUAAAUUUCUGGUCAAUUUGCGCAUUUAUUUAUCCAACUUGUGGUGCCUCUUUAUAUAACAUUUCAAAACUUUUCGAAAAAUCAGAAUGUAAUAAAAUUUAUCAACAAAAUGGGUUACCUCUUACAUGUGGAUUUAUAUUUCCAAUAUGGGUUCCUUUUAAUAUUAAUUAUUUUCCUGUUUUUCAUAUUAUUUUAAUCUGCACUUGGUUUUGCACUACGAUGUUUGUAAGACUACAUUUAUCAAUUUCGUACAACGCUUUCGAGAUAGCACAUCAUAUUAUUUUGAGAAUCAAACAUUUAAAUGAAAUGAUACUCGAAUGUUUUGAUGACGAAAAUUAUAAAAUUAGUCGGAAAAAAUUUACGAGGUGUGUUUUGUACUACAAACAAAUAUUAGAUUUGUCAAGUAGACUAAAUGACAGUUUUUCAAGUAUCAUGUUUGUCCAUUUUACUAUGACCUCAGCUGUUUGCGGAUGUUUAGAAAAACAAUUUGUUGAUGGUGAAUACGUCGGUGGCUUUAUUCAUCUAGUAGGAUGGAUUAUAUCAUUAUUUAUUGCAUCAGUUGGAGGACAAGAUCUUGUCAAUGCUAGUGAGUCUAUUUCGGAGGCUAUUUGGUCAUCAAAAUGGUAUUUAGCAGACGUUAGAUUGAAGAAAGAUGUUUUAUUCAUGCUUAUGAGGUCUCAGAAAGAUCUUCACAUGAGUGUGGGAUCCUUUGGAGUUCUAUCUUAUGCUUUUUUUGUAUCUGUCUUAAAAAUGUCGUACUCAAUCUUGGCAAUGCUGACUUCAUAA